AUGUCCUCAACCAUAAACUUUCUCUCCGAAACCAAUCAUUGUGGGCAAACACUGCUUCAACUUGUUGCUCACGGUAACGCCAUCAUUGCAGAGCUAUUGAGAUUGAGUCAUUACAUUCCACCCGUGUUUUUCCUCGAUGAUAAGAAAUAUCAAUAUAUUAUAUUUGAUUUUAAAUAUUUAAAAAAUCAAGAUGCUUAUGAUAAUAGAAUUACAUCGAGCUCCGAUUUACUUGACUUGGAUGAAAGUUUUAAAGAGAGUCAUAUGCCUAUAUUAGAAAGAUUUUACACUCUAUUCAAGGCAAUUUACAAUUACUAUAAGGAUUUUAUUAAAUUUAUGAACGAUCUUGAUCAAGGCUAUUAUAUUCAACAAACGUUGGAAUCUAUUUUGGUGAAUCAAGAUGGCAAACAAUUGUUAGCUGAAUCUCUGUAUUUAUACGGAGUCAUGCUCAUGUUACUUGAUUUGAAAAUUCCAGGUAUUGUGAGAGAACGAAUGCUCAUGUCUUAUUUCAGAUAUAAGGGUGCGGGUGAAAUUCCGAAUAUUGAUGAUGUUUGCAAAUUGUGUCGAAGCACAGGCUUUGAUUCGACCUAUUAUUUACAUCGGGAAUAUUUUUAUCAACAUGGCGGAGGCGUAGGUUCGAAUUCCGGUGCAUUUUUUGAUUAUUCUUCUGAGAGUGGUAGCAGCAGUGGAAUGCCUACUUCGUCCUCAACAUCACCCAACUCUCCAAAUGUUGUUGGUGGGUCCAACAUGCAAUUACAUGGUGCCCCACCUUCAUUUCCUGAAGCAUAUCCAACCGAUUAUUUCAAUAGAUUUCCACUUCCUGAUCAAGUCGUAAGCAUGAUCAUUGGUCGACUACGUUCCGAUGACAUUUAUUUACAAACCUCUUAUUAUCCACUUCCAGAACAUCGAAGUGUUGCUCUCUCUACACAAGCAGCCAUGCUCUAUAUCAUUUUAUACUUUAAGCCCAACAUGUUGAAUAAUGAAAUGGCCAUUAUGAGAGAGAUUGUGGAUAAACACUUUCCUGAUAAUUGGGUCAUUUCGUAUUAUAUGGGAUUCACUGUAGAUUUAACAGUGGUUUGGAAAGAUUUUAAGGCGGCAAAUUUGGCGAUUCAAAAUAUUGUCACUUUGAAUCAUGUGAAGAAUUUAACCGAGUCCUUCCACAACAUCUCUCUUCCAAAAUUAAUUGAUCAAUUGAAUCAAUACCUUGUGGAGGGUGUUCUUGUUGAAGAAUAUGUUCUCGACAAUAUUAACAAAUUAGUUGCAUGUUUGAGAGAUUGUAAUGUUACUCUCCGAUGGUUAUUGCUACAUCGUACUUCACAAAAUAAGAAGGUGAAUGAGUUGAUCAGUUCCAUGACCAAUCCAGAAGAAAUUCUACUUCUUUUAUUGAAUACUGCUCAAUUUGAAUUUUUAUUGAAACAAAUGUUUCAAGAAAUGUUAGACUCUAAAGAAGCCAAAUGGACCCAAUGCAAAGAUCAAGCUCAAAAUCGAAUGAUUGAACUCUCUCAAUAUUUUUCAGGUGAAAAAGCACUCACACCCAUCAAAGAUGAACAAUUACAAAAAUGGUUCUCCGACAUGAGUAGCCGAAUUAGUGAAUUGGAUUAUCAUGAUUCCACACUGGCUGGACGAAGAAUUCAACAAGUCAUUUCUGCAUUGGAAGAUGUUGAACAAUUUCAUCAAAUUGAACAAUCUCUUCAAGUGAAACAAUAUCUCUCUGAUACUCGAUUGCUAUUGAAAAAGAUGAUUCGUUAUGUGAAUAUUCGAGAAAGUGUAUUGGUUGGUAUUGCCAUUGUGAGUGAUAUUUCCUAUGCUUGGGAAAUUGUUGGAGAUUAUGUCAAAUCCAUGCAAAGAAGAAUCAAAAAGGAUCCAUCUUUGAUCAUCAAGAUGAGAUCUACCUUUUUAAAAUUGAGUACCAUGCUUGAACUACCUCUUGUGAGAAUUUCUCAAGCAAAAUCUCAAGACAUUGUGAGUGUUUCACAAUAUUAUAGUGGUGAAUUGGUGAAAUUUGUGAGACAUACUUUGGAAAUUAUUCCAAUGAGUAUGUUCAGUAUUUUGAACAAGAUUAUUGAUGUUCAGACGAAUCGAUUGGAAGAAUUACCAACCAAAUUACCAAGAAGUGAAUUGAAGAGAUUUUCACAACUCGAUGAAAGAUAUGAUUUAUCUCGUGCCACUUAUGAAGUGAGUAAAUACACAGAAGGAAUAUUAGCCAUGGAGAGAACAUUGAUGGGUAUUGUUGAAAUUGAUCCAAAACAAUUACUUGAAGAUGGUAUUCGAAAGGAAUUGGUUCGACAAAUUGCAUUGGCUCUUCAUUCGAAUUUAAUUUUCACUUCUUCACAAUAUGGUUUUGAUUUGUUGAGACUUUCACCACAACAACAUCAGGAUGAGAGUGGUGGUGCUAGUGGUAGUAGUAUCACUAGUGGAGGUGGAAAUGUCUCUCAGAGAGGUGGUGGUGGGGCUAAUAAUAGCAAUUAUCGUAUUGAUCAACUCAUUGAUCAACUGGUUUCCAAUUCUUCACUCAACAACAAAAAGAUGGAAUCUGUAUUAUUGAUUGAAUCUGCUAAACAAUUUGAAGAGAAACUUACCAAAUUAUAUUCUCAAUUGGAUGGUAUGCUAAGAUCUUUUGAAUACAUUCAAGACUAUGUACAUGUCUAUGGUUUGAAAUUAUGGCAAGAGGAAUUCUCUCGUAUCAUCAUGUACAAUGUGGAACAAGAAUGUAACACUUAUUUGAAGAGAAAAGUAUUUGAUUUCCAAUCUCUCUAUCAAUCAGAAGUUAUUCCAAUUCCAAGAUUUAGACCAACUCUCUCUCAACAAAUGAGUGACAAACAAUCCAUUACGAUUUUAAAUUUUAUGGGAAGAUUAAUGGUUGAAAUGUUAGUUCAUACAGAUACUCGUAGAACAGUCUAUAUUGAACAACUCUCAGGAUGGUAUGAUUACGAUAGUUGUGUUGUUCCAGAAACGAAACAACAAUCGGAUCAAUCAGUGAAACAAGAAAUUAUUGGUUUGACUUGUUUCUCAUUGUUACAACAAACCAUUUCAAGUUAUGGACUCGUUGGAUUGGAUUUGUUGUUGAGUUAUCGAAUUGUUACUUUAUUGAAUCAAUAUGUGAAACAAUAUUUGAGACAUUUGAAUGAUCAUGUGAAAAAACAUAUCAAAUUAUUUGAAGAUUAUUUAACACCACCCAAUACAUUGCCUGAAGGAUUAUGUAAAACCUAUGAACAGAUUUUGGGUGCUCUUCCAAAUACUUUCUUCACACAUGUAUUCUUGUAUUAUGUCAUGCAAGUAGGAACAUGUCAGUUAUUGAGAAAACACAUUGCAUCUCAAUUAUUAUUUACAUGUAAAUUGAAUGCCAUGCCAUUAUAUAACACUCUGACCAAUCUCAAUCAAGGAAUUUUGAAGGAUGUUGAAAGAUAUUUUGAUAUUCACUAUAAGAAUCAAUUGAAUCAAAAGUUAUCAACACCUUCUUUGAAAGCUUCUCCAAAGACCUCAAUAUUACCUCUCGCUCAAACAGGAUCAGCUGCUUCAUCUAGUACGACAAAUCCUCCUCAACAUGGCAUUCAUCUUUCAAUUGCUAGUACCAAACAAUUACCAAAUUCAAUGAUUGGAUAUCCAAGUGAAAAUAAUCCCAUCUUUUCUGAACUCACUCAAUAUCUUCAGACAAGUGGUAUGCAUCAACCUUUUGAAAAGGUUUAUAUUACUCCUCAAUACAAUACUUCGAGUACCAUGACCACAAGUUCAGGAGUAUCAAGCACUUACAACAAUAUUCAGCAUGUGGCAGUAACCAUGUUUUUAUUUGUGUUGUACUGUAUUGAAAGAUUUACAUACAUUUCUAGCAUUGAUUGUUUAGUGAGUAAGAAGAAGGGUGAUAUUUUGGAUGGCACACCUUUUAUUAUUGGAAUUUACACCAUUUUAAGACAAUUCCAUUCAAGUGAGACUCAUUUGUUUUUGGCAUACAUUGGUCAAUAUAUUAGAGCGAACACAGACCAAAUCAAUAUUGAAAAGAAGGGAGCAUCUAUUCCUGAUAAUGUUAUUUUCAUGUUGAGAUUUGUCCAAAGAUUUUGUAAAUACGGAAAUAUUAGCCAGAAAGUGUUGGAUUGUCAUGUUCCAGCCUUUUUAUUCACCAAGCUUGUUGAUUAA